CCUGUUGCAGUUCAGGUACCAACAGGUAGGAAACCACCGGAGCUGGAGGUGGGCGUGGCUGCUCUGGGAGGGGGGCGUCACCCGGCGGCGGCUGCAGCCAAUCGGGCGUCCGGUCGGCGGAGCACCGGCGGCGGCUGCAGCUCCAGGUCAGACACCGAGCGGAGUUUCUCUCAGCAGCCAGCGAGGAAAAGUUGCGAGGCGCGGACCUGCGUUCUCCUCCAGCCCGUGUGGAGCUUCUCUCGCUGCGGCUGAGCGGCUGUACGAUCCUCGGCAGUGUUCUGAGACUGUACGGCCCCCGACCCGCCGACUCCAGCCCCGGAUCCGCAAACCAGGUUCAGGACCGGGACCGGGACGUCUCCAGACCUGUGUCAAACUUUUAACUUUGGACUCUGAAGUUGGACUUUUUGGGGGAUUUUAUUCUGUACAGCUACUGCGGCCGUGCACAAGACAGAAGAUGACGGCAGAUAAGGAGAAGAAGAGGAGCAGCUCGGAGCGGCGUAAGGAAAAGUCUCGGGACGCGGCUCGAUGCAGACGCAGCAAAGAAACGGAGGUUUUCUACGAGCUGGCGCAUCAGCUGCCGUUACCACACAGCGUCAGCUCCCACCUGGAUAAGGCCUCCAUCAUGAGGCUGGCCAUCAGCUUCCUGCGCACACGCAAGCUGCUCGCCACAAGAAGCAGCAGCGACAGCAGCAGCAACGAUGACGACGGACAGAUGGACAGUCUGUACCUGAAGUCUCUGGAGGGUUUCAUCACCGUGGUAACGUCAGACGGCGACAUGAUCUUCCUGUCCGAGAACAUCAACAAAUUCAUGGGGCUCACGCAGGUUGAGCUCACUGGUCACAGCAUCUUUGACUUCACACAUCCAUGCGACCACGAGGAGAUCAGAGAGAACCUCAGCCUGAAGACAGCAGGAAGCGGCUUUGGCAAAAAAGGCAAAGAACUGAGUUCAGAGCGAGAUUUCUUCAUGAGGAUGAAAUGUACGGUGACCAACAGAGGACGCACCGUCAACCUCAAGUCAGCCAGCUGGAAGGUGCUGCACUGCACCGGACACCUGCAGAUGUACAACAGCUGCCCUCCCCGAGUGCUGUGCGGCUUCAAAGAGCCGCCGCUCACCUGCGCCGUCCUGAUGUGCGAACCGAUCCCACACCCGUCCACCAUCGACACGCCGCUGGACAGCAGGAGCUUCCUGAGCAGACACAGCAUGGACAUGAAGUUCGCCUACUGCGAGGAGAAGUGAGCACAAAAUCACACA